CAAGAAGCCUUCCUCCAUAUCACCUACAGUAUACAACACAUCAAAAUGGGAAGGUACAGUGUAAAAAGAUACAAGACAAAAAGAAGAACCCGGGAUCUCGACUUGGUGUAUAAUGAUCUCUCGAGCCUGGCUUCCAUCAUUGCGUUGAAAAACCAGCCGCUCGACGAGACCAAGCCGGGCUUGGGCCAGUACUACUGUGUCGAAUGUGCCAAAUACUUCGAGAACCAGAUUUCCUUGGACCGCCACACCAAGGGCAAGAUCCACAAGCGCAGAUUGAAGGACUUGAAACAAAGACCAUACACGCCUUUGGAGAGCCAGGCCAGUGCCGGGUACAACUUGGAGAAGUACUUGCAAUCGGUCGAAAAGUACAAGCAGAUCGAGCAGAACAAGAAGGACAACCAGGCAGAGUACGACGCGCUUGUGGGCCAGAAGAAACCGGACUUGGACGAAAUCAUCACGGGGGUUCCAGCCGAGGAGCAGCCGGAGAACAUGGAGGAGUGAGUCGGCACCAGCUUCCACAACCUGAUCCAUGUACGCUGCCAUGGCCGGAUGAAUUGGGGGAUCUAGGCGGUCUGAAACAGGCCUCCAAAUGGCAUAGCUGCUGGGUGAUGAAAGAGCUGCGAUCUAAAGGCUCUUUUGCUGGACUGACUUGAUAUUGCGGGAUUGUAGAAGCGCGAACUGGCACUGAGAAUGGCCAGGUCUCUUAGGGUAGCUUUGGCUGGCCAAGAAGCCGCCACGGAGUAUAAGAAUAAAGGAAAGUAUAGACAUCUUGAGAGAGCGCAGCGGCGACUACAGAUGACGGGACACGGG